GCCCGGGAAAGAUCCCUGACCUCUUCCUCUUGAAACUGUACAUUUAUAUACAAUUUAGUUUAUCGUCCCCUGAGACAUCCCUGUUUCAGUGGAUCUGUUAAAGCAGUGAUGGUAGAGUAAGGACACAUAGUUCAGAUGGAAGAAGAAAGAAUGCUAAAAGCGAACUGGUUAUUGGUGGACUGGAAACUCACGGAAAUUUCUGCAGGAUCUGUGGUGGCGGCCGUACCGGCUUCAAGUGCAGCAGCAAUUCUGACCUUUUUGUAGUGUGAAACAGAAAAGGUCAUUGAGACCAACAAGGGAAACAAAGGGUGUACGUUAUAUUCCGUGUUCGUGGCAACAUCGAGAGAGAGGGGAAGAUAAAUAUUUGAAGAUAUAAGCAAAAGCCUCUUUGAAGUUGGAUAGGCAAGGUCGCCACGCGUGUUGCAGGGAAACUGGUGUGGUGAACGUACACUGCAGGUGUGCAGGAUUACGCAGAAAUGGCCACUUACGCCACGUACCGGCACGUAGAACUUGACCGUGUCGGCUUAGGCAAAAAGAGGGUCCUGAAGCCUCCAGGUGGUGGAUCAUCCAUCAGUUUUGGAGAAGAGAGCGAUGAUUACGUGAAGCCCAAGGCCAAGCCAACACCUGCCGAGGAAGUUCCAAAGGAGGACCCAGAGCAAGCUCCUAAGCUUGAAACUAACGGUAUGGACACCCCUGAGAAAGAUUGUGCUGCUGCCACCAAGGAAAGUAACCCUAGCACUGCCACCAAUGGUUCCAUCACAAGUGGGUCUUCCACUCCCACAUCUAGAGUAGAUACUCAAUCUCGUCUCUUUGGAGAAGAGCCGCCAAAGGAGGCGCAGUGCCGCCGAGUUCGAGAUCAUCAACGCAGCAACAUCUUUGGGGCUGAGGUGAACACGAAUCCCAAUGGAACACCCAACGGCUCUCCUAGGGCAGCUGGAAACCCUGUCUCUUCAGAGACUCCUGAGACCAAGACCACAGAGCAGCCACAGCCGCAGCAGAAACAGCGUAUCCCUCCAGGUGGUUUCUCCACCAAACUCUGGUAGAAUGGCAUCUCUGGUCCUGGAAAACACUAACUCCACUAAGGCUCUUCGUAGCAGGCAUUAACCUCUCAAGGGAUCAUGAAUAUCUAGGGGAUGCUAACCUUGAAAUUGAACUAGCAUGUAGAAAAGCUGUUCGCAGUCUCAUAGCACAUUAGAUUGACUGUAGUUAAUUUUUUAAACUUUUUGUAAAAGAGUUCCAAAUAUUUGCAAAGGCAAUGUUGAGAAAGAAGUGUGGAGACUAAUGAGCAAGUGAGCAUAAUGUCAUAACCCUGAUUUCAGCAGCUUUGCUUCAUCAGGGAUCCUUAGCAACAAGUUUAUCCUAGUUGUGUAGGUCAUUUGUUAAUCAGUUCAGAUUAUACUCCUUAAUAUUUCAUAACCAUUGUGUGUACUAAAAUUAUGCAUAGUAUAUUUGGUUUAUAGAUAUAUUUUAAUAUCUUUCUAGUUUUAAUCUAAUAUGUAACUCAUUACCAGAGACAGCAAUGACUGAUAAGCUUGCCUAUUUCAUGUUAUGGUAAGGGUUUUUGUGCUUUUACCUUCUUGCCUCUCAACCCUUUUUUUACAUUGAUUCCAAACAUUUAGCUUGCAUCUGCAGUUUGGAGAAACCAAUUAGAUGUUAAAUUUCAGCCAGUUGAAAGUUGCUCAACAAUACUGUUUGAAGAGAAUUCAUCAUGGAGUGGAAGCUUAGUCAUGAAGCUUUAAAAAGUGUUAACAAGGGAAGCAAUAGGAUUCAUCAUGCUCAUUCCACUUAGUUUUAAGAAAGUGUAUCCUUGCAAUCCUGAAGAUGUCUUGAAUCAAGUAUGAAUUUGUGAUGCACUUCCAUCUGUCAUUCUAUUUUCUAUAAAAGCUAUACAUUGUCAUCAAUAUUAUAAUUUGCAGAAACGAUUUAGCAAUUCAUGCAGAAUGCUGUAUUUUAUUAUUAUUAUUAUUAUUAUUAUUAUUAUUAUUAUUAUUUUUUAAUAUCCCCUUCCGUGAUUACAUUGUUAGCAAAUUCCAUCAAGUCUGUGAUAUUUUUUUCUUUUACUGGAAGGAUUAGUAUGUGAGCAUGCAAUUCACCCAGUGCAUGUGACAUUAGGAAAUCUGUAAUGAGAUGAAAUGUAACUGUGGGAACUCUAAUAAAAAGGAAUUAUAAUGCUUAAUUUGGCUCAUGCAGAAAGAAGUCAUUUGUAUGAAUUUCAAUAAAUUGAAUCACCCA